CUGGAGAUGGAGUCUGAAGAUGAACAGGAGGCUGAGACCAGCUGGACGGUACAAGCACCUGUUGGGAACGUGGACUGCACUAAUGUCAAACGAGAUGCCAAACAAGAACUGGCAGCAUGGGUGCAGAGGAUAGGGAGGUGCUGUAAAGAGUUAUUGCAGUCAAAAUCUUUUGGAUUUGCGCCGAUGGUCAUCGUGAUUACAGUUGGUGUAAAAUACGGGAUGUCGUACCAGGGAAAAUUUCCUUCUGAAUACUGCCCCAGCGAGUGGAUAGGUUACAAAAAGAAAUGUUAUUUCAUCUCAGAGGAGGAAAAAAACUGGACAUCUAGUCAGACCUUCUGCGCUAGGAAAGGAUCCUUGCUAGCUGUUUUUGAAGACCAGGAAGAAAUGCAUUCUUUAGCUAAGCGUUUGAGAAUAGAUGACUCCUGGAUUGGAUUGCGCAAGAAAGGUGAAAGCUUCUACUGGGAGAACGGUAUUGCCUUGGAGGCGGACGUGUUCCCGAUAUGGAAUCACUCUGAGUGUGCCUACUUGAAUGACUUCACUAUUUCUACAUCAGCAUGCUCUUUGCCCAGGCGCUGGAUCUGUAUGCAAUUUUUAAAGACAUGA